UUUAAUUAUAAAACAGUCAAAGUGAGGAAGGUCAGGUAUGCUAGAACGUAGUAACAGCUGUCCAUGACCUUACCCACGAAGUAAUAGUAACGAUUGAUAUAUCCAAUGCAUGAAGGCAGACCGACGAACGUGGGACUAGAAAUAUUCGAGUUGUGCCUAUGACAGUGGUUUUGUGGUUUUCUUUUCCAAUUCUUGGAGGAUUUCAAGAUCAAUUUUUGUUCACGGAGAUACUACUUUUUACUAUUCCUUCAUGACCUUAACCAACAAUGUAAGGCGUGCGUGCGCGCUAUGUUCCUUGCCGCAAUAAAGAUCCGAAACUUACUUUGAACAACCUGCAAACCAAAUUUUUUUUUCGUUGAAAUGUGUUGGAUCUCUAUUAUCGUGAAGGCCUAUUUUACGGACACGAAGUGGGGUCUUUCGCACAUUUCUCGUGGGCUGAUAAAAAAUGCAUCUCUGGGAGUAGGCCAACUUGUAUGUUUGAAACUGCGCAGUUUAUCGCUACGCGGCAGCACUUUCUGCUCCACAUAUAAUUAACUGCCAAUGCGCAAGUGCGCAUUAUCAUGUAAUCGUCAUGAGGUUUCAUUACAGAGAAAUAUUUCAUACACAUUUAAUUUCUCGUGUGGGAUCUAAUUUCAAUUAAAAAUUAAAAACAAUUUGAAAAUGGCAAUUCUGCCAGCAACAAUACAGCCAGACCGGUGGGCAGAUGAAGGUCAUGAUUCCCUAGGCCGAGGUCCAUACUUCAAUAAUACGAUUCACAAUAAUCAUAUUCACGACAAUUUGUUGCCUCCCCACAUCCAAUUUGCCCCUCCACAUAUUCUGCAACAGUACAUUCAAGAAAAAAAAAUUCCAAAAUCUGAAUAUAAGGACCAGUUUCAUACAUCUCUGGACAUUCAGCAUUUCAUGCCCGAAGAGAUAACCGUAAAAGUUGUUAAUAGAUUUGUCGUGGUCGAAGGUGAACAUUCAGAAAAACAAGACGAACAUGGAUGGAUUUCCCGACGUUUCUCCAGAAAAUAUCCAGUUCCGGAACAGUACGACCUUGAAGAAGUCCAGUCUAACCUUUCAUCGGACGGCGUUUUGACUAUUACAAUCCCCAGAAAGUACGAUCCAAAGCAUCAUCGCGAGAAACCUGUCAAAAUUGAGGUAACAGGAAAACCCGUGGCUCGCGAAAUUUUAGAGGCCUAAAAAGAAAGGAAGAAACUAGGAAAGCAUUUAACUUCACAAUCUCAUGUUUGUAUUUAAUUGUAAAACAAACAUACACAUGUUUUAAUUCCUUAGCAUUUAGCAUUCACAUU